GUCUAAGAGAUUCAGAAGGUCAGAGAUCCAGACUCAUCCCACCUCUUCCUCUGAGUCCUCUCUUAAGUCAUCAGAUGAGGAUGAGGAAGAUGAUAAAACCACCAGAGUGCAUCAUAUCCGGCUCUCGUCUAAAUGGGUAAAGCUAGCCACACAGAGUAAUGCUAAGCAGGAAAUCAGACAGGCUAGAAGUAGCAAUGCAGAUGGUUCUACAGCUUUGUCAGUAGGCAAAACUAAAAUGAAGACUUGUUCUGCUGGAACUCCAGGGAAAAGUGAGGUUAGAUUUAGUGGAGAUUACAGCCAAAAAAGACGCUCAUUACCCCCUGAAGCAAUGUCACAAAAGACAAAUGUAGAAAAAAUCCCUCCAUAUGCAAAGAAAAGUAAACCACAGCAUACACGAAAGUCUCAGGACUCUCCUAUGCAUUUUGCCUCAAGUGACAUCAACCCUUAUGUUCACCAGUGGCAAGACGACAACUCAGACCAACACUGUUAUAAGAACCCGUCAUUCGGGAGUGCUGCUGACCUGUCCUGCAAAUCUCCUCUUUUAAACAGUGCUGAAAAACGUAUAACAAGAUGCUGCAGUGUUGACAACGGUUUGAAUGAGCAGAACUCUCCUUUCAAUUCCCAUCUCAGCACGUACGCCACCAACAAGGGGCUGUCCAGUACACUAAGCAGUAUGGAAGAUUAUAAGGAACAAGUGAAACGAGUGUCUCAGCUUACACCCUGUCAACAGACAUCUGAUGAUAUUCACAGUCAUUUAGCCAAUCUGACAGUGAAUGGCAGUUCUUUAAGUAAUGAUCCUGGCGGUUUUGGUAACAACUCCAGUCAUGUGGAUGAGAUUAUGUACGUUUAUUCGUCUGAGCAAGAGUCCCAAGAAAACAAACCACAAGCUCAGAGGAGGGGGACAUGUGAACAUGGCACUCAAACUGAGCGUGGGCUUCAAACAGUAAAUUUUACUAACACUAGAAGUGCACCAAACAGGAAAGAUCGUCACAGAAGGAGCAACACUGAUGUAACUGUAAGACAGAAAACAAAGGUGGACAUUAAGGAAUCUCCUACAUGGGCCAGCAUGGAAAGCAUGUCGGCUCACCUCUCCAAGCUGAUUGACAGCACCUCAGACCUGCUGGGAGACGUCCAGGGAAUGAGAACAGGUGAACUCUGCAGGUCUAGUCCAAGGAGGAGCGUCAACGUGUCAAAUCUCAGCAUCUCUUACAGUGAGUCUAACGACUGCACUAAGAGAGACUGCUCCACUCAAACAGCUGUAGAUGUUGGGAUUCAGACAGAAAAGCUUUUAACAUCAGCAGAGAAGGAAGUGACCCUUUAUCAAACACCCAGUGAAAAGUCCAAAUCUCAUGAGGUCAAUGUGAUAGUCAAAGUAAUUGGUCCUAAGGCUGUCAGUGUGUCUCAAGACAAGGAUGUGCACUGUGUGGUGAAAACUAAAGCUAACACAGAUGAAAAGAUGCAGAGCAAGCCUGACCUGAGAUUUAACUCCUCUGCUGACUCACAAUCAGAGAAUGCACCUUUCAAAACACCCCCUGUAAAGAUUGCAGUUGAAUGUCAGAGACGUGUAAAAUCUGCUUCUUCCAGAGGCUCAAAGCAAAGCACAUCCGAGGCACUGUGGCAUAAAAGUGUUGCAAUAUCUGAAAUCACCCCUAGGUCAUCAAGAAAUAGCUACGAAGAAAAUCACAGCACAUCUUUAAGAAAUGACCCAACUCCUUGUUCAAAGAAACAGGCUACAUACAAAGACCGUGCAUCAUCUCCCAUUCUGACUGUGGGAGCAAGAUUACGUUUGAGGCAAAAGGGAAAACAAUCAACACUAUGUCCUUCAAAAUAUAUGGGUGGAAAAACAAACCAUGCCUCUGAGGAAGACGGCCCUACUGUGCCUUCUAGCAAACAGUCAGUGUGUACAUUUGUCUCUGACAAUAAUCGAAUGUCCAGAACAGAUUGUGACGUUUCGUCAAAUCGAUCAGAAUCUGUGUCACUUGAGAAGGUGAGUGAAAUUAGUUGUUCAAGCCCUAAAGGAUCAGAUAAAUGCUCUACAGGCCUUAGUUCAUCACUGGAUAGAUAUGAAGACACUGACAGGAGAAAUGUUUCCUAUAAAGACAAGGACAACAGCCAUCCCAGUUCAAAAUGGCAGAUGACCACUCCACAAUCUAGGACCUCUGCAAAAGGUUUAAGUUUGCAAAACCACAUCUCUCCCAUGUUAAGAGAGACUGAUGUGCAUAAACAGCAGGCUGAAGCUAGACAUGGAAAACCAUCAGGCUACACAAGACCUGCAGCUGAUUCUGUGGAUUUGUGCACUGAUUCCUAUAACGAAUCACCAGUCAGCAACAGAACUGUUCAACUUCAAGAGGAUGACAUGGCGUCACUGGUGCCAAGUGAGUGCGACACAGAUGUCCUCGUGAACAUUAAACCUGUCACCAGCGUAUCCCCAUGUCAUAACCACCAGGCAGUCCCAGAAGACCUGCCCUUGCACAACAAGUUCACCAACUGGUCAGGCAUCAAUAACAAACUGGCCACGUUGCUCACCAACGACCAUGACAAGAGCAGAAACCGUGCGGAAUGGGGUGAGGUAGAAAGUUACGGUUCAAACAUGGAGUCUGCGGCGCAGGGCGACAGAAGGGCAAGAGAGAUAGAGAGGCUGCGACAGGAGAGAGAGCAGGUGAUGGCAACGGUCAGCCUCAACAUGAACCCAACGCCUCUGACUGUGGAGCUGACCGAGGCCAAGCUUCAUUAUGGGCUGGGGGAGACAGAUACACUGUUAAAAAUGCUGUCCCCGAGGUCUAGAGAAGAGCUGGAGCCGCCGACCUCUGCUCCGACCAAACAGCAGCUGUAUGAUCAACACCGCAGGAGUAUUGAGGGUUUGAGGCAGGAGAGGGAGGAGCGGCUCCAGACUUACCGGAGAGCUCGCAGUCUGAGUCCCAGCAAACAUCCUCGCUCUGCUCCUCAAGAGGCUGCUUCAUCCUCCAAGGUCUCUGUUGCUAUGCUCAGUCGCCGUAAAGAUUAUCUGCAACAGCUCAGACAAGAGGUGAUUGAUAGCACAAGAAUACCAAAUCCUCCAAGAGGAGAUGGCCAGUAUCCAUCUGACAUUGAGCAGUUGUUGCGUGACUAUGGCCGAGCCCGGGAAGAAGCCAGGACAGAGAUUGCGAAGGCACGAGAACGCCUGCGAGAGAGAACUGAGCAGGAGAAGAGGAGGAUUCAGCAGCAGGCUCUGUCUCAGGAAGUAAAGGAUGACCUGAGGCAUCGGACAAGAAUCAGUAACAGCACCUUGUGCACUGGAUCAAGCCUGAGUCUUUCUUCUGGACCCACAUCAGGGUACAACAGUGGCAACACUGUCCAACUACAGCACAGCAACAGACCAGUUGUGACUGGACAGACCACAGGGUUUCAGGAUGAAGGGCUGAAGGCCAGGACACGUCCUCCUAUAUGUGGUCCUCAAAGUGUGAAGACACAGAGAGUCUGGCAGUCUGCCCAGGACGUCCGCCUUGAGCCUUCUGUCACCUGCUUUGAGCCCCUGGUGACAUCAUCUCCAUCACCCCCCACUUGUGCCCGUCAGCGCACCGCCUCCUUUGGCUCCUCCUCCUCUAUAUCCACAACCUAUCAGGAUAUCACAUCAACUCUCCUUGGGCGAGCUCUGGCUGAGGUACGGCUAGCUUCAGCCGGAGAUUUGAGCAACCUGGUGAUGGGCAACUCCACAGCAGGCUGGAGGUAUCAGGGAGAAGAACAAGGUAUCCAGGCUUACUAUAAGCCCUCCUCCAGCCCAUCUGUCCAUGGUUUCUUGGGGGCCGGGGAGCUGGACAGACCCCUGGACAGCCUGUGGAACAUAAUCUGCCAGCUGUCCAAGAGCCACAUGUAUAAUCAGUCAGUUCGUUCUGUCUGGACACGACCACUAGAUGACAGCACUCAGCUGGUCUACAUACUAACAGAUCCGUCCACCUGCCACCUCAGCCAGCCGCGGGACUUCUGCUGCAUCAGCACUGAGUCCAAACAGGGUGGCCUGUGUGUACUGGCAAUGCAGUCAGUGUUUGAGGAGUCUCUGCCCCGUCCUAGUGUGGAUGCCAUCCGAGGGGAGAUGAUGCCCAGUUGCUGGCUCCUUCAACCAAUUAGACGUAGUGGAAAAGAAGUCACCAGGGUCGUCUACCUGCUGCAGGUUGACCUAGGAACUCCAUCUUUUCCUCUCCGACUCUUGAACGCUGUUGCCAGGAGACAGGCAGCUGUUAUCGCUGAUCUGGACGUUUUCCUUGCUUCGUAAAUCCACCGGACACAUGAAGACACAUUAGCAGUGAGCACUUAGACUGACACUCUCUCCAGUGUGGAGUUAGUCUGUCUUUUGAAUUUGCACCUGAAAUUUAUUUACUUGACUUUUUCUAUUUCAAGAGCACUGUUACAUUGUUAUAUAUUGAUUCCCAGUUACAAAGUUGAAGCAGCUUUUUUGUAUGAAGGUUUUUUUUUUUAAAAAGAUAUUGAAACUGUAUUUUUAUAUUUGUUCAUGAAUGCUUUUAACAAUCAUCAUCCCAUUUUACCAAAGAUUGAUUAGACGUCUAAAGAAAUAUUUGGUGUGGCACAUUUAGUUUUUAGGUUUAGACAGACUCACUGUUUCAUUAAUUUGAUGAAAUAGCUUGAUGAUUCUGUUAUAACCUGAUCAGUACCGGCCAUUUAGCUUCCUUAAUGUCUGUUAGCAACACAGAGUCUCUUGAUGCCUACUACACUGUAACAUGGACAGCCAAAUAUGUUGAAGUCAUCAUAGCAAGAGAGAACAUUAAAGCUGAAGUUUGAGAGUUGGUCAACAGAUAAUUGGGAUGCUGUGAUGUAUAUUUACUAAGCAACUGUUUCCCAGUUGUGUACUUCUUUCCUUCUAGAGAUGCAGACAUAUUUGUAGUUACAUGGACAUGUCAGAGAAAUUUUCCAGAACAUUGUGACACAUUUACUGGGGAAAGUAUUAGUUGAAUUUCUUUUUUUAAUGAAAAAAAGUAACACCUGAUUUGUCCUGACAGAUUGAACUACAUCAAAACAUAUCACAGAAAUAUUUGCGAAUAUUGUUCAGCCUUGAUUUGUUACCAUACAUGCAUAUACUUAUUCCCCCUGGCAAAGCAUAUUUUAACCACUCCAUGACCUUGAUUCUGAAGAAAAUUAAUUUCAAAUGUCCUUCAGCAGUUUUUCAUUAAAAAUGGGGAAAGGUAAAUAUACGUAAGGGACUGUACAAAAAUGAUGAGGGAAGAGAGGGGGUCAAAAAAGAGGCAGGGUAUAGUAAAUUUAAUUUUGACUGUAGGUAGGGUAGUCUUGUGGAGCAGUGGAGGGUUUUUCAUUUUUCUCGUCCUAAAUUAAUAUUUUAUUUUAGCCUUCCAUUAUGAACUAUGGUUCUUAUAAGUGAACAGUUUUGUUUCAAUGUUUUAUUAUUUAUAUGCACACUGGUGGCACACAUUAGGUGUUCCAUUAGGAUAUGAAGGUUUAAAUUCGGGUACGCGAUUAAACAAGUUGUACCCAUUUUAAACUGUUAGCUUUGACAAAUAUUUGUUGUAGGGAGGUUGCUGCAUUUUUUUCUAAGUCAAAAGCUUCAAAGAAAACAUGAUUAAGUGAAAUAUAACUUUCAGCCCCCUUCACUACCCCAAUAAUUUUUGUGCAGUCCAUAGCCCAAAGUAUUAGAUAGUACAGUAAGGUGGGGAAUGGGAAGAAUUAUAUAUUUAGUCCUCAAUCAUUUGUAAUGAACAGAAUUUGUUAAUCUGUAUGAGCACUGCGAAUUUUAACCACUUAGCAGCUCCCUCUGUCUGCAGAAAAGUUAAUCUAAACAUGGUUUUAUAUCAAAACAGUAAGAGGAUGAGUUGGAAAGUUGAAUACCUUUUGGAUUUAACAAGUCAAAGAGACAAGUAGGCAAAUCACUGUUCAACCAAGGGACACUGGUUGAAGCCCAGAUAUUGGCAAACGUCUGACCUGCUUAAGUGUCCUUGAACAAGAUACUGAAGUCACCCACCAGCUCCAGGGAUGAUGCAGCUAGGUGUCUGUAGCUGACCCAGACCUCUGACCUCCCUUUUUUUAAAUUAGUAAUUUAUGGUACCCCAAAUCUGCAUAAGCUGAGGGCUUUUUGUUCUCACUUGUUUCUGAAGUCUGUUGUAUUUAUUUUGAUCAUCCUGCCUUUUGUUUUGAAAUUGCUGUUGAAUGUGUUUUAUAGUUGUCUUUUAUUAGCAAAGCGUGGUGCUGUGUUUACAGCUGCUUGCACAAAACUGUUUAUGCAUUUAUUAAUGUUACGUAUUAAAAAAGUGAUUUCGUUUUUUGUUUGUACAGUGUUUAAACUAUGCAGAAGCUGAUCAAAGGCAGAACUGCUCCCAGUCAAGGCUUGGGUCAGCUGUAUCCAGAUAUGAAGCCAUAUUAUUUACAGUAGUUCGAAGGUUCAGGAGUGUUUUGGCUCUGCAGCUGCAGCGCUCAGUUUGUGACUAAAGACGUUCCCAGGGGAACCAAAGAGAAAGAGACAAAAAUACUGAAGACACAGAGUGAAGGAACGCAAAGACAACUUUUGUACUGAUUUCUUUUUGUAUGUUUAUCUAUAUAUUUCCAAGUGCUCAUUUAUUGUGUAAAAAAAAGCAUUGUUAUUUAUGUUUUGACAAUGUGUUGUAAAUGUAUUUUAUUAUAAACACCCUGCUUCCUGUCGCUAAAAAGAUGUUAUCUGGCUGGUGUGUUUGGCCAUUUUUUAAUGAAUACAAUACAUAUUUUUAAGUGAA